CUUGAAGAUGAUACCAUCUGCUGAGCCGCUUCACGUUGAAGCCAACUGCACGUGACCACGUCGCGUGGAUGGAGCCACUUCCGGCCCUGUGCUGCAGGGACCUGAAAGGGCCCUGGCCAGGCCCUCUGCGACACUCGUGGCGGUCCGUGUGGUCCGAACGUCGCCUGUGGGGAGAGCCCAGAUGCUUCUUGGCGCUGAGCAUAAGCCUGUGGACGCUUCGUGAGGUGCCGCGAGCGCUCUUCCCAAGCGCCUUCGCGACAAAGGAUGGCUCGCUCGACAAGGAGCUGGCAAGCUUGGGCGUGGUGAGCCGCAGGCAGCUGAAAGGGAUGAUCCGCUCGGGACGAAUCACCAUCGACGGUGAGGUCGUUCGCAAUCCGAAGCAAACAGUCCCCGCCGAGGCCACCUUGGCGAUCGACGCGGUGCCGCUCCAUCGGGACCCGCCAGUCUUGUUGAAAUUUCACAAGCCGUACGAUGUGAUCUCUUCGAUGGAUGAGAAAAACCGAAGAGAUCUCUCUGAUGCACUUCCUGGGCAGCGAGCUCCCUGGGAUGAAGAAGCGGUCUGCGUUCGCCCAGUCAGGACAGGAGUAGGACCCGUGCGUGAAGGGAUGUGUGAGGGUGAGGGGUGACUCACAUGACUCACAACAGCACACGGCCAAAAAAGUUUUCUUUUUCUGCAACUUGGGAGUUUCACUCAAUCGAGUAGCAAAGUCUCAGCUAUGCCUCAGUUCUUCCGAGGCAUACCCCGCCUGGCGAACAAGAGUCUAACACAUACCCCAUGGCACCUGAAGGGGAAGGAGGAUUUUCUCCCUUCGGCGAUGUUUCCUCUGCUCACAAGGCACUGAAACAGCGUCCUCUUUCAAUGGUGUGAAAUUCAUCCGCUCUAAGGUCCAAGAAACUCGAGUGGCCCUUGGGGGCCGAGUAAGCCUGCCUCAUGGCUGCAUUUUUGGGUGGAGCAGCUCUAGUUGAAUGACAAAGUCGGACCAAACUCUCCGGUGUUGCCACGGAAGAAGGACGAAAUCUUGAGUUCAAUGAGAUCUUGAGUUCUCAGUGUUGGUUUGGUGGGAGAACAUUGGGGAACACCAUGAUUCUGGUCUCUAACGGAGUCCCAGGUGAGGCACAGAACCAGCUGUACUGAUUCAGAGCCACCCUACUUCUUUUUCACUGAUUGAGAAGGGAAGUCUCGUGCACAAGUAGACCGGUGACGGAAAAAAGAGACACACCUGUAGUCUUUUGAUGUCUGAUUUUUCAAUUUUCCAGGUUCCACAUGUUCCCUUUUUGAUGCUGACAUUGCUCUGGCAACCAAACACCGCUGGACUCCGCGCGUGGCGGACGUGUCGGCCGCCAUCUCCUGGUGCUCGACCAGUCCGAAGAAGGAUCGGUUGGACGGGUGGACACGGGGAACUCGGGCAGGCCGGAAGUGAAG